GGUAGGUAGAUGGGUAUUAACGGCGCAUGGGGCCACCGGCUGAAACACUGCAACUUGAACUACGAUCCACUGUCUCAUCCAUAGUCUUGGUACUGAUACUGGCAUACAGACGACGGCUUCCCUUCCAGGACAUCACUUGCCUCUCGGUCGCCUCCGUCUGCUCCUCUCCCACAGCCUUGACACCGAGAACAAACUCCCCCUGUCCGACCUCUAUUCCUGAGCGCAGCCUUGUCGAUCUCCCUUAUCUCCUCUCCCAGAGAACCGCGAUCACCAUUGGUUUGUGGGUUAUCUGAACGCUCACACAUCCUGCCGCCGCGAUGUCAUCGCAGGCUGGAGCCGCGGCGCAGAAGCCUCAGAUCCAGCCUUGUCGGUACAAGACAGGGAAAACGCUGGGUGCGGGCUCAUACUCGGUGGUCAAAGAGUGUGUCCACAUAGACACGGGUCGAUACUAUGCCGCCAAAGUCAUCAACAAGCGACUCAUGGCCGGGCGAGAACAUAUGGUGCGCAACGAGAUUGCAGUGCUGAAACGGGUGUCGGUGGGACACCGCAACAUUUUGACACUCGUCGACUACUUUGAGACGAUGAACAAUUUAUACCUGGUGACGGACCUAGCACUGGGAGGAGAAUUGUUUGACCGCAUAUGCCGGAAGGGCUCAUACUACGAAUCGGACGCGGCCGACCUCAUUCGAGCCACUCUAUCCGCAGUAGCAUACCUGCACGAUCACGGCAUUGUGCAUCGGGACCUCAAACCAGAGAACUUGUUGUUCAGGACACCCGAAGACAAUGCAGACCUUUUGAUUGCGGAUUUCGGCCUGUCGAGGAUCAUGGACGAGGAACAGUUCCACGUUCUGACCACGACAUGCGGUACACCCGGCUACAUGGCGCCCGAAAUUUUCAAGAAGACCGGACAUGGUAAACCUGUGGACAUCUGGGCCAUCGGUGUCAUCACUUAUUUUCUUCUAUGCGGCUACACGCCUUUCGACCGCGAAAGCAACCUUGAAGAAAUGCAAGCCAUCCUCGCCGCAGACUAUUCGUUCACACCGGAGGAAUACUGGCGCAAUGUGUCGCAAACGGCACGAGACUUUAUUGAUCGGUGUUUGACCAUCGAUCCUCGAGCCCGGAUGACGGCACACCAAGCUCUGCAGCACCCCUGGAUCAAACCUGAGGACCCCACCAGCCCCGAAAAGGGCGCCGAAGAGGGCCAGGACUUACUCCCGACGGUGAAGAAGAAUUUCAAUGCUCGUCGCACUCUUCAUAAGGCCAUCGACACCGUCCGGGCGAUUAACAAACUCCGGGAAGCUGGUGGAUUGAUGGCCGGCCAGAUGGACGGCGCCAUGAGCGUGGAUCCUAAACCAAAGUCGGAAAUUGUCAAUGGCAGUAAAGUGCUCAACGACCAGGGCCAGGUCAUUCAUGGCGAGGAGGCUAGAGGCCCCGUCACCUCGCAACAGCACUCCGAGGCUAAUGAUGGUGGACAUGGCCCAGACGCCAUGGAGAUUGAUUCUCGCGGCAAUGCUCGCGGUCAAACUGAGGACCAAAUCCGGCGGCAACAGGAGAAAAUCGCCAAUACUGUUAGCGGGCUAUGGGGACGCAGGCAUUGAUGAAGACGAAAGCGGGUCUAUCCCUCCGUCCUCGUCUUCGCCGGUCGAAUGCCGUAGACAGAAAGCCAACAACCUAUAAAAAAAGGUCAGGGAUUGGCCACGGCACUCAGUGAUGAUGACCGAGACAACAACAUAUCAGUUCCCUUUGUAGUUGCUCAAGAUAGGACGGGCAGAUGGCCGGGUAACGUGUCUGUUUUCUGUGUGUGAACGACGCAACGCAGGCUUAUUUCAUGCAUGUCCAAGUCAACCGUGGGUUUACAGAGGCGCGGGCUGUCCGGCUCUCAGGUUCUCAUGCUCUCAUUCGGGAAUGGUCCAGGGAAUCGGAAUCGGAUCAUAUGCCCGCAAAUUUCGAGACGUCAGAUACAGUAACAUGAAUACUACUAGGUAUCUAUGAUGACCAUGAAUAAUGCGAUACAUCACACUCACACAGCGAGAGUCACUUAUAGUAGGCGGACAAUAGAAGAAUAGCACAAAACAGGUCCAGGCCCAGGUCGU